AUGAGCAAUACCACUGGCCAUGUCAUCGCCCUCCGACUUAAUGCUGCUAACUAUUAUGGUGGAUUGCAAGGUGAGGUUGGUUCUUCAUUGCUUGAGUUGCAUCAUUUAAACUAUCUUGACCUCAGUGGGAAUGAUUUUGGAGGCAAUCCAAUCCCAAAAUUCAUUGGUUCCAUGAAACAGUUACAACACUUGUAUCUCAUCGGUUGUAACUUUGGUGGGAUUGUUCCUCCUCAGUUGGGGAACCUUACCAACCUGAAAUCACUUGCUCUCCCUGGUAACUCUUUGAGGAUUGAGAAUCUCGAUUGGCUUUCAAGUCUCUCUUUGUUGUCUUAUCUUAGUUUGAGUCAAAUCGACUUGAGUCAAACUAACUGGCUGCAGCAUAUCCUGAGCCUUCACUCCCUCCAUGAAUUGCACUUAAACACCUGUAACUUGAAGGAUAGUAGCCCUUCACUUAAUUCUUCUUCUACGUCUCUUUCUAUCCUUGCUCUGUCUGAUAACCACCUCACUUUUUCCGCAUUGAAUUGGUUAUCUAACAUUAGCACAGUUCUAGUGGAAAUAAGCAUGUCCUCCAAUGCCAUAGGUGGCUCGAUUCCUAUUGCAUUACUUGACAAGAUCACUUUCAUUGAGCAUCUUGAUCUUUCCGAUAACAUGCUUGAAGGUCAAAUCCCAAAAUCUUUGUGUACUCUGAGUCGUUUGCGUGUCUUAGUCCUUUAUGAAAAUGACUUGAGCGGAAACCUUGAAAAUUUGUUCGGAAAUGCAUCUGCCAAAGGAAUAUUGGAAUCACUCCAAAUUCUGGAUUUGGCUCGUAAUAAACUCAAUGGAUCACUGCCGGACCUGAGAGCAUUUUCUGCACUGACAGAAGUGUACCUUGAGGGAAACAACUUCACAGGCUCCAUUCCUCCGAGUAUUGGCCAACUCUCUAAUCUUCAUACUCUAGAUCUUUCUGGUAAUUUUCUGAAUGGGAUAGUCUCUGAGUCCCACUUCAAAAAGCUUGAUAUGUUGAAAAUGCUAGAUUUAUCCUUCAAUUCAUUGAUAUUGCAUUUUGCUCCUAAUUGGAUUCCAACUUUUCAGUUGGAUGCUAUAUUGUUAGCAGGAUGCAAUGUGGGCCCCUCUUUCCCAAAAUGGAUUCAAACUCAGAGAAAUUUCUCCGUUCUUGAUCUCUCUAUAGCUGGUAUAAUAGAUGAAGCGCCAACAUGGUUGUGGAGUAUUUCACCUUUGUUAGAGCACUUAUUUCUUUCCAGCAAUCAAAUUAGUGGCACUAUUCCCAACCUCUCAUCCACUUCCAUCACAGUUUUAGAUCUUAGUAACAAUAGUAUCUCAGGACCUAUUCCAUUACUCUAUGCCAAUACUAUUAUUGUUCAGCUGAGUGGAAAUAUGUUCUUUGGUUCAAUCUCAUCUAUUUGCAAAACUCGCCAUGAUCAGCUUGCUGCCCUUGACCUCUCCAAUAACGAGUUGUCUGGAGAGAUUCCCAACUGCUGGGAGAAAAUGCCAAACUUGAAUAUUCUCCAUUUGGCUAACAACAGGUUUUGGGGUGAAAUUCCUCGCUCUUUGGGGUCUUUGCACGACCUCACUGCACUGCAGUUGCGAGGUAAUAGUUUAUCUGGAGAGUUUCCUUCCACUUUGAGAAGUUGCCAUAGUUUGCAGUUAUUUGAUGUUGCAGAGAAUGAGUUAACAGGAGACAUCCCUACUUGGUUUGGUGAAAUGUAUAAAAUGACAUUUCUAAACCUUGGCACAAACAAAUUGCAUGGUAGUAUAAAAUAG